AUGGCAGAAUCAGACCACCUGCUGUGGUAUCUAGAAAAGCUUAAUAAAAAGGAAUUUAUGAGACGGAAGAUCCACCUUGGACAAAAACAUGUGGAGCUUGGACUGCCAGAGAUCCCAACUUUCGAUCUAAGGACAACCAAAGAAGACCUGGUCAACCUGUUGAUGACCUCUUACAAGGCACAGCAUGUCUGGAACAUGAUGUUCAGCAUCUUUGAAAAGCUCCUUCAUAGAGCUCUCUGUGAGAAGAUCAACACCGGGCGAAACUGGAACUUCCUGAUCCAAGCAUUGAACCUGUGCCUCCUGUGUUAG